CGCUUGCUCAGGGACCCGCCAUGAACUCCUUCCUGGAGUAUCUCGCGCGGGGCGGAGAUGGUUUGAGCUUGGCGACCAAAUUCGGGAGCUCCGAGCCCGGUGGCGUGGCUCUGCGGCCGCCCUGUCCCCUGUCCGCAGGCGGGGAAGGCGCCUACCCCACGCCGGCGGCAGGAAGCUUGCCGGACUUCUCCCCGCGCUCGGCGCAACCGCAGCAACAGCUGGCGCCUUGCGCCCUGGCGCGCAGCGCUUUUGCGGCGGCAGAGUACAGCUUGCUGCGGCCCGAGGCGCCUUACGCGGCCCCCGGCGGCCCAGACGAGGCCGGCGCUCCCCUCCACUACGCCACCACGUCUAUCUUUGCGGGUGGUGGCGGCGGCGGCGGCAGCCCUUACCUCCAAGUGGACUACGGCGCGCUCAGCGACACCUUCCAGCCUUGCGCCAAGGAUGCGCCGCCCCCGCCGCCCCCUUCCUCGGACUUCUGCGUCAAGGCCGGCUCCCGGAUCGCGCUCAGCACGUUCGAGUGGAUGAAAGUCAAGAGGAACGCGCCCCCGAAAACAGGCAAGCUCUCCACCUAUGGAUCUCCCAGCCCUCCCAGUGCCGUCCGGACCAAUUUCAGCACCAAGCAACUCACGGAGCUGGAGAAAGAGUUCCACUUCAACAAGUACCUUACCCGGGCCCGGCGCGUGGAGAUCGCCAAAUCCCUGGGCCUCAAUGACACUCAGGUGAAGAUCUGGUUCCAGAAUCGGAGGAUGAAACAGAAGAAAAGGGAGCGAGAAGGGAUGGUCGUCCCUUGCGCUGCGGUGCCUUUUCACUGCCCCCCCUCGGAGUCGAGUCCGACACAGCCAGCGAUGCGUUCUGCUCCCUCUUCUCCAGCCAAGGGCUCGCCCUGACGGCUGUGGAAACACAGAGAGGCGUUAGGAACAGCAGGAGGCUGAAAAGACUCAAGAGAGUUAAACAACAACAAAAACUCCAAAUAAAUCGGAAAUCUCUGAAUGGUGUUAAAUCGUGCACAUUCUAAGACGAGGGGAUUGCUUUGUUUUAUUUAGAAAGACAAUCAUUGCACUGAUGUUGUUGCACUCCCCUUGGGGAAAAGGCUGGCUUUAUCACGUGUAGGAUGAAGGACAUUUGCUGCUUUUACGCAGAACUCGCUCAAGGCACAAAUGGCACCGUCUGACUUGUUUACAUUUUAUUUAUUUGCAUUUCAGGGAAAGCUGCUCUUAGGCCACUGUGUGCUGCUAAACUUUGUGAUUGGCCUUGCUGAGCUUAUUUGACCUUAGGCUUGCUUACUCACGAGGAAGUCUCGUGGAAAAGACUACGGGCAGAAGAUCUUAGGCUUGCUCAGCUGGACCUCUGAUUGUUUUGAAUCUUUGUGUUUUCCUUUUUUUUUGUAUGUGUUUUGGAAAGAACCCAAGUGUGUGUGUGUGUGUGUGUGUGUGUGUGUUGUACAAAAGAAACCAAAGAUGGAGAGCCAUAUGUUUCAUAAAAGGGCUUCUCUCUCCCCUUUGAAAACUUUCCUUUUCAAACGUUAGGCCUUGGUUCGAAAUGUCUUUUGAAAUACUCCAGGGCUCCCCAGUACUGCUGCUUCCAGGUGCCUGCAUGUAAACGCAAUCAUUAGCUAGAAAGCAGUGGUGGGUGACUUGAAUUCCUUUUGCUUUGGAGGGCUCGGCUGUGGUUCUAAACAAAUCUGUGCUCUCUGGAAACAUCCGGCGCAACCAAGUGAGGCUUUCAAUUAAGCACGUUGGCUUAAGAUGAGGUUUCCCGUGUAAGUAAUGUCGUGCCGGUUUUUUUGUUUUUUAAUAUAAAUACUGGUUUUAAUUUUUCAUUAAUAAAUGCAGUUUCUUGAAUGUUAUGUAGCAAAGCAAAGAGAUUCUGAGAUGGAUGGACUUCCUUUCCAUUGAUUGUCACUCUUUGCUUUUGCUUUUGUGUUGGCUCAGCAAAAUGCUUCUCUUAAUUAAGUUUUCAGCUGGUUUCUCAAAACAAAGAACUUCUCUUUAUAGUUCCUCAAAUAGCCCGCGAGGUUCUUUCUUCCAUUCCUUUAACAACAACUCCUCGCGAGGCCUAUUUUAGUUUUUCAUGGCGAUCCUUCGUGUGAUAAAAAGAAGUGGAAAAGAAAGUUGUGGAAUAACAGCCAAAGUUGGCACGGGGAGCUGAGGAGUAAGGAUUAUAACUUCCAGGUAACUCCUAGACUUGGGUAAUCUUAAACUGGUGUCCUGGUAAAGACCUUCUGGUUACGAUAUUGGCCACUUGAUUUAGUACAAAGUCUUCGACAUUGCCCCUUAGGAAUUCGAAGAUAAAUUGCAGAGUAAUCCUAACCAUGUCUACUCAGAAGUAAGUCUUAUUGGAUUCAAUGGAGGUUACUACCAGGUAACGGGGUUAGGAUCUGCAGCCUCUCCCUCCCCCCCCACUUCUCUUUGUGUAUGAAUAUAGAGCGGUGUCAGUUAAAUAAUGUAUCCUGCCUUAAUACUUUGGGGGAAGCAAACCCAUGACUGAUGAACGGGAAUAAAACAUUGUGUCUCAGGUAAACAUGUAGAGUGGGGGUUGGGAUCGGGUCCUGUUGUGAACCCUUUUAAAUGAAGACCAUGACUUUAAGAAAAAGUGAAAUCUAAGAAUAAAGUUUGACUGGGAACCCAUUUAUAUAUGUCGUUUAGUUAUACCGUUGUUGUUGUUGUUGUUGAUGAUGAUGAUUUCUAAAGGCAUCUAUGCAUCAACAACUGAAUGCUAGUCAUUUUUUAAAAGAAGGAGCCAUGCCAGACUCUCAGGUUUUCAAGGGGUCCCUGGGUUCCCAUUCCAGGGCUUUUGGAGAUGGCAAUGUUCCUUUGGAGGGGCACUAAGGUCUGCCCCCAAGGGAACGGAUCUAUAGAGCGGCACGACUCAUGCCUCGUGUAAGGAAGUCCAAAUUACUGGAUAUUAACGCUGGCUAUCACUAACCUAUUUCCAAACCAUUAGGGAAAAAAACCUCAAAUCCAAGUAUUUUGGCACAGGCUUGCAGUCGCAGCGGAAGUAGGUCCAAGCGGAUCCGUUUGGCACUUACUUCCGAGUAAACUUGAGCAGACUCGGCAGCAUCUGGGGGCACCACAGUGGAAUCUGUUGCUCCGCUGCUGCUGAAGGCAUGGGCGUACCCGGGGGGGGGCGGGCAGGGGGCUGCCGCCGCCCCUAAAUCAAUCAAAACCAAUACAAAUCUGAGGUUCUGCCCCCCCCAACAAAAAUCAUGGGUACGCCCAUGGCUGGAGGCCAGUCACACCUGGAAGAAGCUCUUCGAUCUUUCACACCCCAUUGCCUUAGUUCGUUGGAACCUUUUCUAUAGCAAGCAAAACUAUAGCAAGAAAAAGCUGGCGCACAACCUUUUCUAGAAAGAGGUCGGAUGAUCUGACUGCUACUUAUAGUCACACGCACAGCGCGAUCCUAAGCAAAUUAUGGAGAAGUUUGCCUUACUGUGUUCGGAGGGGACAUCAUCGAGUACGGCUGCAAUCCUAAACGUGCCCAUUUAACUUAAUUUUUAAUGCUUGACGUUAUAUUAUGUUUUUAUACGUGUUGGGAGCCUCACAGAGUGUCUGGAGCAACCCAGCCAGAUUAUUAUUAUUAUUAUUUAUUAAAUUAAAUAAUUGCUUGUGAGAAACCUCGUUUAGGUUCGCGUUGCCUCUAGCUUAGGACUUCAGCUUCAAAUCUGAAAUUACAGACACCGCCUUUGUUUUAAUUUAGGGGAAAUCCUGGAGCACAACCUGAUCAUUCUGAUCGCUGGGAGAGGCAAAAAGCAGACAAAGAGCCCGCGCGAUGUCUGCCUAGAUGCAGCAAGAAAAAGGGCUUUAACGUGCAGGGGAAUAUAUUGUAAAAUAUACGACUGCUUUCAUGCCGUCUUAGGCCCUUGAAGGAAGAGGGGUCAAACAGAGUUCAUGCGAGAGAAGGGAGGGGGUGGGCUCCCUCUCCUGCCUGUAUUUCUGAAUGCAAGCCUAUGAGAGGAGCACAGGUGGAAAAGGCAUUGGAGUAUAAGCCCAAUCGUGGAGCCUCGGGAGUAAAGGUGCUGGCUUGAGCUCAGAUGUCAAGACAAGUGAAGUUCUCUCCACACGGGGAUAGGGGCAGCAAACGGGCUAAGCCUGUUGCCCUCUCUCUCUUGCCCCACAUAAAAUCAUAGCACUGAUAGGGGGCACCAAGGCUCACCCAGCCCCCUACAAUGCAAGAAUUGCUGGCAGGUGACCAUCUACCUCUGUCUUAAAAAAAACAAACCACCGUUUAAGGAGCAUCCACCACCUUCUGAGGUUGUCCGUUCCACCGUCAAAGAGGCCAUCCUAAAGUUCUUCCUAAUGUUUAGUCAAAAUCUCAUCCUGCCUUUCUCUCUGUCAUUGCUUCUGGUGUCUCCAGGCCAGUCCACAGUAAGAUCUCACUUAGUUGCAAGAUGACAGGGGGUUAAGGGGCCGAUUUGGCUGCAUUACAGAGACUUGGGUGGCCAACUUUUUUUGGGGGGGUGGACUUGACCCAGCUUUGCCCAGCUUGAUAUUCAGUACCCCAUCUGUGCAGACUGGAGGGCUGGGAGGUGGGAUAUUGCAAUCAAUACAUAGAGCUUCCAUCUUCUUCAUUAGGAAAUCUGCCGACUUGGGAGCUGGGUGUGAGGGUCUGCAUUUGGUGUUGGGUAAGAAAACAAUGGUGCUAUUAGUGUACUCCCCCUCCCACUGCCCCCACAGGAGGUAGUUUACAAUGUGGUUUUGGAGGAUCCUAUUGGGAGACUUCACUGUCCGUGUUGGGACGGCCUUGACUUGUCCAGGGCAGGACUUCAUGGCCAUGAUGACAAUGAUGGGGUGUCUCUGACUCUCCCAGUAGGAGUGAAAUCCGACUGUGCCCUGUACUAGCAGUAUAGAGGUGUAAUCUGAAAACUAUUUUAUUUGCUCAGGACUUUGGGAUAUAGUGGGUAUUAUUACUGACUCUGCUGCUUCUUGUCUUCGAACUGUGGAUGAUAAUGCUGUUUGUUUUUGUUUUUAAAAAAGUUUUAUGAUUGUAUUUACAUUGUGGGAUAUAAAACUGAUGAAAUAAAAUAAAGUUGCUACACAAA